GUUUGGCUGGUGGGAAAAUGUGGGUUGCUAAUUAAAAGUCGCCUUGAAUCUAAUAAUCUAGGGUGUGGGAAUUUCCGGUAAUAUUUUUUCUUGGGAACCAAACAGUAGAAAAUAUCUUAUUCUAUUUUCUUCUUUUCCAAAAUUUUAAUUAAUUAAUUUUUUUUUGGCAGAGAUUGAGAACCCAGCUCGCGCCUGGGUUCGUUGCCAACCCAGUCUCGCGAGCUUGGUUCAUCUUGGGUUCACGAAGAAGAUGAGGAUAGAAAUAGGAAAUGAAAAGAUAAAGGGAAACAAUGAUUUUUUUCUUUUAAUUAUUUUAAGACCUAUUUUUUUUUUUUAUCAACAAAAUAAUAGAGAUUUGAUUAUAUAGAGUACAAUGGAGGAUGGACUAAUCCCGUAGCAAAAAAACACGGUCUUUUUUCUAUAGUUUCCAUUCCACCUUACAACUGUCAAAACUGAAACGGAGCAAAAAAAAUGGGAGCAGUAGCGGCACCAUGGAAGCAGCUUCUCCUCAACGCACUGGACUCCAAUUCUCACCUCAAGCACUCCUCCUUCUUCCAGCUCGCGACAGUCGGAUCUAACGGAAGGCCUUCGAAUCGGACUGUCGUUUUCCGAGGAUUUCAAGAGAACAGUGACAAUAUCCAAAUUAACACCGAUACUAGAAGUCGCAAGAUAGAAGAGCUGAAAAAAUGUCCCUUUGCUGAGAUAUGUUGGUAUUUUACUGAAUCUUGGGAGCAAUUCCGGAUCAGUGGAAGAAUUGAUGUUAUUGAUGGCUCGAAUCCAGAUUCUGUGAAACUUCAGCAAAGAGAGAAAGCCUGGUUUUCUACUUCUGUUAAAUCACGGCUGCAAUAUCUGGGGCCUAAUCCAGGUCUUCCCUGUAUAAGUGAGCAACCAAUUCAGGAUCUUUCUAUAGAUUCCUCUACAGGCCCAGUCGGUGCUUUUUGCUUGUUGGUUCUAGAUCCAGAUCAGGUUGAUUAUUUGAAUUUGAAGAGUAACCAAAGGGUAGAGUUUGCAUCCAGAUUAGAUGCAACUGGAGCAAAAUGUUGGACUUCUGAGAGAAUCAACCCAUAACCUUUACUCUGUCUCCUAAAACCAUCGUGUGAACCCGUGAGUUGUGCCCUUGAAGCCAUUUAAUGGAGCCUUUGUGAUUCAUUACAAACCCUUCAAUUUCUUGCAUAAACUCUUUGUUUCACUUCUAGAAUUUUUUUUUUUUUUGAACAUCGGUUAAUGAUGGGUUAUAGGAGUAACCCUUUCUUUUCCUUAAAUCCUUCUUCACCUAACUUAAGGAUCGAAUUUGAAAUCUCAAACUCUUAACCCCUUAAGAGUCUUCACUCCUAGAAUUGAAGGGCUCAAAUGUAUGACAAAAAGGUUAGUUACUUUUUUUUCCCCUCUUUUUCUGGUAAGGGCAAGAUAUGGACAAUGCAAUCAGAUUCAUGAUAAAUUCAAGAGAAAAUAAUAAAAACUGCUAAUUAUUUUGCAUACCUCUUUGAAGUCAAUUGUGUCGGCAAAGCCAUUGCAAUGUGUCUUUGAUCUGACAUUUUACUGGAGAUGUAAACUGUUUUGCACUUAUGAAAGCCUCCCACACAAAGCAUCUUGCU